GCAGACACACUGGUGAGUUCUAAAAGUUUGCAGUCAUGUGAGGAUGAACUCCCUGAAGACAAGAACAAGGGACUUCGUGCAGGUGGCAGCAAUGGGCUCGUCAUUUUCUCCUCCUUUGCUGCUUCCACUUUGUCUUUAAUGGUGUCCGUCUGUCAAAUUUCAGUUCAGUGGGUAAAAGAUGCAAGAUAUUAAUUUUGGUGUUUUCCUUUCAAAUUCGAAUCAUAGGCAAAUGUUAAGUCCGUUGUCCCCUUAUUCUUCUUUGGCUGUUCAUUCUUGUCUGUUGCUUUGGUUCUCUAAACAAGUUUUUGAAAAUAAAUUUGACAAUCGAAAACCGAUGUUGUCAAAAAUUGGUUUCCAAAUCAAAUCGACUUUCAAUCAUAAUAGUUUUGAGAAACAAAAUUUAAGUACAUGAUUGACCAGGAUAAGAGCUAAACCUGCCGAAUAUAAGAAUAGAAUAUAGCAAUGGCCUACAAGUAUAAGAGGAGACCAUUUGGAGAAUUUACUCCUGCUUCGGUUGGCCCUUUGCAGUUUGGCUAAUUGCCCCACUCCAUUUUUUUUUCCUUCUAUCCUCCUCAAAAUUACUGGUCUACGUUUGCUAUCGUUUGUUCUUUUUUGGAGCCUUCUUGUCUCUAUAUUUUUGAAUAGCCUACCCUUCUUGCAAGGCGGGGAACCCGGACUACUCGCUUCUCGUUGGUAACAAACUCAGCUGGUUCUUGGUUCUUCUCCCAUCCCAGCGUUCCCCUUCAUUCCCCUCCCAUUGUUUUCUUGUUCAUCAUCAACUUGAUUUGGAGGAUACCCAUCUGCUAUUUCUGUGGAAUUUGUGUUGAACAGUUGAAGCAGGAUUCCCGUAUCGGUCUCGUCGAUAGAGGGAAUAAAUACCGUUUUUGAAGAAAGCAAGAAACAUUUCUUCCUACCUUUCAUUUUUUCCUUUGUUUGGUUGGCAUUUGAUGUCUCAGAGCGAGAGAGAUAGAGAGCAAUGUGUGGUGGUGGCAGGGAGGCAGAGGAAUUGCGGUCUUGGGAGGAAUUAGUUCCCGACGUGAUUGGGCUGAUCUUCAGCAAGCUUUCCCUGCGAGACUUACUGAUGGUGGUGCCGAGGGUCUGCAGAUCGUGGGCGGAGGUCGCCGCUGCUCCUUACUGCUGGCAAAAUAUCGAUAUCGAGGAAUGGUGCAUGAUGCAUAGCAAACUCGACCAGGUGGACCGGAUGCUUCGCCUUCUCCUCCCCAGGAGCUCCGGUUCGCUCCGUCAGCUCUCCGUCUACGCCGUCCCGGACGACAAUUCCUUCGCUUUCAUAGCAGACCAUGCUUCUUCUCUGGAGAGCCUGCGAAUCCCCAAAAGUCAAUUAAGUGAUGCCGUUGUUGUCCAAGUUGCUGCCAAGUUCCAGAAACUGAAGUUAUUGGAUAUGAGUUACUGUGAGAGCAUUGGGGCUGAAGCUCUGGAGUCUUUCGGCAGGCAUUGCAAAUCUCUAGUAUCUGUGAAGAGGACAAUGCAUCCGAUGGGGGUGUUGAGUAAGAACCCCCAAGACGAUGAGGCGUUGGCGAUUGCAAGGACCAUGCCGCAGAUCAAGCAUUUAGAGAUGCCGUAUGGUCUGCUGACAACGGCGGGUGUUAGAGAGAUCCUUUCGGCGUGCCUGGAGCUGGAGUUCCUGGAUUUGAGAGGAUGUUGGUAUGUCAGAUUGCAAGGGGAGGAAUGGCUGACUCAGAGGCAGAAGCAAGGUUUGAAGGUUUUAGGACCAGAAGUGGUGGACCAAUUUGAUCUGCAUUAUCAGGAGCCUUGCAAUGACGAGGAGGAUGAUGAUGAUGAAUGGAACUCAAUUGGGGAUGAAGAAUUCGACUCGGAUUGGCACCUCCAUGAUGGUGCGGAUGAAAUGCUGGACAGUUAUGAUGGAAGCGCUGAUGAUGUGUCGGAUGAUUAUGAAGAGGAUCAAGGGUUGGAUGGUCUAGGCAUGAGGAUCUAUGUUCCUGAUACGAACCAUUGCGUUGGUUGGCCUGCAACACCAUGAUUCGUCUCUGCUCCAACAUGCUCCUCUGGUCGUAGCAUUGGUUUGAAGACUUUGAACUCAUGCUGUGGAGUGUUGUCCAUCUUGUUGAUUUCUCAUAUUUUUUCUUAGAACGUAGGCCUCAGGCCCUGUACUGGAUUUCCUGCA